GGCUGAUGGAUGUUGGCUGGGCUGAUGGAUUUUGGCUGGGCUGUUGAUGUUGGCUGGGCUGUUGAUGUUGGCUGGGCUGUUGAUGUUGGCUGGGCUGUUGAUGUUGGCUGGGCUGUUGAUGUUGGCUGGGCUGUUGAUGUUGGCUGGGCUGAUGGAUGUUGGCUAGGUUGAUGAAUGUUGGCUAGGGGGUGGCUGAGUGUCAAGUCUGAGCGACGGCAACCAAGGUAUGCUUUUGUUGUCAGAUGGUAGAGCCUGCGUGGAAGCUGAGAAGCUGGAGAACCACGACUGCCAGCUGGUAGACAUGCUGGUGCUUCUUAUAGCGAGGAAACGAGAACAGCCGCCCCAAGACGGUCAACAUCAACCCCGACAACGGGACUGCCCGACUGCAACCCCCGGGCUUCAUUCCAGGGCUGCUCGGCAACGCGUAGAGAUUGCCGGACUAGGAUCAGGAGAUGCUGCGUCCCGAGUAGAGGCUGAAAGGACUAAAUUCCGACGGAUGCCAAGGGCUGCAAGGAAGCCCGAGAGCAAACUCUGUCCUACGCAUUCCACCUGUAUCGACACAGAAGCCGACGCCAUCAAGUUGGGCACAGCCUGCAUCCCGAGCCUGUGUUGAACACGAGAUGGAAUGAUAGGAGUUGGUUGACAGACCACCGCAGCCGCAAAACAAGCAUCAAGGUGGCAGUGGCAGAACACACACACGAGUUGCAGUCCCAUUGGACGCCCUCUAUUCUAGCCCACGC